AUGAUGUGGUUUUGCCUUGCUAUAGCAGUUGCCCGGCUUCCAGAUGCGCUAGCGGACUUGGAAAGAUUAGCAAAGCCAAUAGCAUCAAACGUCAAGGUCUGCGGGAACCUUGCGCUGACUAUGAAAAGGGCAUCACAACUAAAGGAAGAUACGAAAGCAUCUCUCCAAGGAGUUGUCGCUUUCCUCUCUACGCUACCUGUAUGGGGAUAUACAGCGGCGUGCAAUUCUGGUGUCACUUCCAUACUUGAGAAGUUGUGCCCCAGUAUCUUUUCUCUAUCGCGAGACCUAGAUGCUAUCAGGAUCGACAAGUGCGUUGGCGGCGAGAAUCCCUUACAGUUCGCUUUCUGCUUGGUUCUAAGUAAGCUCGAAACGUGGUGCAAGCCUAGAGCACGCCGUUCGCCUAGGCAGUUCCCAGUUACGAAUACUUAUGCCUCUAUCAUUGAGAAAAUUUACGACGGUAACACGCUAGAUCAAGGAUACGACAGGUUUCAGAAUUCGUGGAUAGGCAGACAGACGCAUGCGCUUCUCCUGAUAGAACUUACUGCGAGGAACGUUUACUAUUCAUCAACAGGACUUCCAAACCCAAGGAACAUCGAAUUUAUCGGUUCCUGGUACUUUAAUAAAGAUCAUGAAGAUCUCGAGCACGGUACGUGGAUGGGAAAUACAUCUUUACGGGCACGAUUUCCACUUCCUACACCCAGCCUUAUAUCCGUACCAGGGCAAAGAGGUCGCUAUUUCUAUCCCUUCGCGGGUGACGGAUGGUGGUCAUGGUACACGACACGAGUGCGCGACUUGGCAAAGAAUAUAGACGAUGGAGAAUGGUGCGGGCUGUUCGUAUACAGCCUGUUACCUGGAGCCCGAGUUGGCCCACCCUUUCGGAUAUGUUUUCGAAAGACCAGCACGGACGGCGACACGUACACGUUUGAUGCAGCCGACGGGGUAGACAACAUCGGAAAAUUUAAACUACGCGGCGAGAUAAACGCCGCUCCUGCGGCAUGCGACGUUUGUCUGCGGUGGCAAUACUCAACAAGUACGAUUGAAUGGCGAGGCAUAGUCACGCCGCUGGGUCUUUGCGGCGGCUGCUAUAUACCUGGGCCUCAGACGUCGGCAUCGCGCGCUAUCGGGUAUUUCUGGAUGUGGAAAAAGAACUGGCUGGGCGAAGCAGGCGCCUUGAGUAAUUGA